AUGAAUCAAAGUCCAAGCAUUCAUGUACCGACAAAAAGAACAGACGAAGUAGACUGGGCAAAUCCUUUAAGGCGUUACAUUCAAACAACUUAUCAAGAGGAUCCAGAUAAAUAUGCUGACGAAACAAAUUCCAUUCACCGACUUAGACAAGAUAUGCGUGGUGCUGGAAAGGACAUUACUGGUAGAGAUUUGCUCUAUCGAUAUUAUGGGCAACUAGAAUUACUUGACCUUCGAUUCCCUGUUGACGAGAAUCACAUAAGGGUCUCUUUUACUUGGUACGAUGCUUUUACCUUAAAGCCUACCUCUCAAUUCUCGCUCGCAUAUGAAAAAGCUAGUACAAUAUUCAACAUAGCUGCUGUAUUAUCGGCAAUUGCUGCCACGCAGAAUCGCUCUGAAACUGAAGGAUUGAAACGAGCAUAUAAUUUCUUUCAAGCAUCAGCUGGGAUGUUCACAUACAUAAAUGACAACUUUUUGCAUGCUCCAUCAACAGAUUUGAGCCGAGACACAGUUAAACUCCUCUCCCAAUUAAUGUUGACACAGGCUCAAGAAUGCUUUCUGGAACAAAGUUUUGGGGCAAAGAAAAAGCCCGCCUUAAUUGCAAAGUUAGCGGCUCAAGCUGGCUGGUCUUAUGGAAAUAUUGUAGAAAAUAUGGGUGAUCUCGUAUCUAGAAAUGUUUUUGACAAAAGUUGGCUUACCGUUUGUCAGAUUAAGCACAAAUAUCUUGUUUCAAUUGCUCAGUAUCAAAAGGCUUUAGCAUGUGAAGCAGAUGCUAAAUAUGGUGAGAGUGUUGGACGACUUCAAGUUGCUGAAUCACUCGCUAAGGAGGCAAAUAAAUUAUCUACCGGAUUCUUGUCAGCCUUCUCAUCAUCGGCAAGCCCAACACUCUCGGCAGAUGCAGCUAUUUCUUUGCAGGAAAUAUGCAAAUCUAAUAUGGCAUUAAUAACGGAGAAAAAAGUCGCAGCAACUCGUGAUAAUGAUAUCGUAUAUCAUGAAGCUGUGCCUCAGGAAAGUGUUAUACCUCCAAUUGAAAAACUGAAUGCUGUCAAACCUAUGCCUAUAAAGGAUCUUUAUGCUCCUAACGAAAUUCAAAAGGUUAUCGGCCCAGAUAUAUUUGAGCGUCUUAUACCUUUAUCAGUGCAUGAAUCAGCAUCCUUAUAUUCUGAGGAAAAAGCGAAAAUUGUGCGUAGUGAAACCGAACGUUGUGAUAUUGCCAAUGGAGAAUUGGAGGCUGCCCUGGAAUAUAUGAAAUUGCCGGGAUCUUUAGAAAAAUUUAAGAAUGCCGACAAUACCAGAUCUUUUGAUGUACUAGCUGCACCACCAGCUGAAGUGAAGCAAUGGGCUUCAUUGAUUCGGGAGGAAGAAUUGCAAAAAGGUUCAAUAAAAGAAUUAAUGAUAACCUUAGAUGGAUUGAAAGCAAGAGCCAAAGAACUUUUAGAUGGAGUCACGUUAACACUUGACACAGAGCAAAGAGAAUGUGAAUUACUUCGUGUUAAAUACGGUGAUGCGUGGACGCAAUCUCCAUCUGGUCAAUCCACCACUUCCAUUCGUCAAGAUAUGCAAAGUCACCGAGAAUCUCUUGAAAAAGCAUCUAAUUCUGACCGUCAUAUUUACCAUCAAUAUGAACAAGUAUCUAACGAUGUCGUGACGUUGUUAUCUAACGGAAAAUGCGAAGAUUUGGAAAGAGUUUUCGCUGAAGCACUUACUUCUGUUGGACUUAAUCAUAAUGUUGUCGAGAACGAAAGUUUACUUGAUGUGGAAACAUCUGGAUCUGAGGAAAGAAUUCCAAUUAAAGCCCAAAAAGUAGAAGAAUGUAUAAGUAACCUUUACAAAGUGAAAAAAGAAAGGAUGGAUACGUUAAGUGAUUUAAAAGAAAGG